UAUAGUUUUUGGUAGACCUAUAAAGUUAUUAUGUCUAUAAUACACAGUAAUAACUAAAAAAAUGAAGCUCCUAACCAUAAUUAAUUUACAGAAAUAUCAAACACUUUCAAUCAGAAUUAUAGUCAGAAAUAUCAGAUACUUUCUCUUGUUGUCAGUGUAGAAACGAAAUGCUUCGACGGAGAAAAAAAUUUAACAAAUCACAUUUGGGACGAUUCGGUCAAUCGACCGAUGCGACUGGUCAAUUCUUUCUCCAUCCGAGAUCUCGGAACAAUUUCUAGCAUUGUGGACACAAAAUUCGAGAUUAUUGGCACUCUUUUCAAAACGGAAGAUCGACAAUGCGAAGUUCCAACAAUAUACGUACGAUAGGAUUCAAAAUAACAAAAACGCUUCUUUCAGUGAUCCUCGGAAUGCAUUGAACAUCUAAUAAGGAAAUUUCCAUUCAAUGUCGAAAAUAUCCAGUAAGAAUCGCCGGAAAGAAAACAACAACCUCAAUCGUACACGCGCGAAAUUGCCAUAAUCGACGUAUAAUUUUAUAUACCCUCAUCACGUGACGGUGUUUUUUCUCGGAAUCUUUCCAGUCGGACUCGUCGAUCCUUCCACCGUACCUAGACUGAUUCGCGAGACGAGAGGCGCGACGCGGCCGGGCCCGGAGUGCAGUGUCGACGUUGCGCGCGAGAACUUACUCGCGUAGCCCGCGCAUAUCAAUCGACGCCGCGUUUACGCGCUUUUGUGGAAAUCGCGUCAAUUAACGGGUUACGUUAGGUGCAGCCGCUCGUGAAUAUCAACCCCGCGCGUCCUCCGAACGAGCUCCUCUCCCCCGCGCCGCGAGACGCAAUCCCUCAAGUCUCUGAACGUCGAACCGCGUCUCACGAUGCCCGACCGGCAGAAGAGGACGCAUUUCGCGUCCGUCGUCGCGCCGGGGAACGAGUGUUUUAUUGCGCUGCCGCUACCGGAAGUCCGUAUGAAUAUUCAACCGCCGCGUGAGUUUUGCGUCGCGCGCUCGUAGCAGGCGCGGAUCCCCGCACGUACGAUCUCCGAAGGCUUCUUUCCCUUUUCUCCCUUUCUCUCUCUUUCUCUCCUUCCCUCUCUCUCUUUCUUUCUUUCUUCUUUUUUUUCCUUCGUCUGAAUGACAGAGCGGUGGGCCGAGAGGAUCGCGCGCGAGUGGAGUUUCCCGAAGAUAUGUCGCACGAUCUGAACUCCUCGUCGUCGUCGCCACCGUUGUCCUCGGAUCGGCCGCAGGACGACGCGCGGGACGAGGAUCUCGCCAGGUGGGAGAUCGCGGUGCUGACCAGCAUAUUCCUUGUCACGCUCAUCGGCAACGCCCUGAUCCUGCUGGCCCUUUACGUCCGGCGGCGUUAUCAACGACGGAAGUUCACCAGGAUGUACUUCUUCAUCCUGCAUUUGAGCGUGGCCGACCUGCUGACGGGUCUGCUCGACGUUCUGCCGCAGCUCGCCUGGGACAUAACGUUCAGAUUUCAGGGUGGUGCGGUGCUCUGUAAACUGAUUAAGUUCGGACAACCGUUCGGCCUGUAUCUCAGUUCCUAUAUCCUGACGGUGACCGCGAUAGACAGGUACCAGGCCAUCUGCCACCCCUUCAGUUACUGCGGCGUCACAUCUCGAAGAUCGAAAAUGAUGGUGUACGGGGCGUGGACGCUCGCCGCUGCGCUGUGCGUACCGCAGAUUGUUAUAUUCUCGUACACGGAAAUAUCGCCCGGCGUUUGGGAGUGUUGGGCCACCUUUUACCUAAAAUAUGGCGAGAGAGCUUAUAUUACUUGGUACAGCGUUACACAAUUCCUAUUGCCUUUCAUGGUGCUCGUAUAUACCUACACAAGAAUAUGUUUAUCGAUAUGGAGGAGCAGUAAAAUGUCAGGUGUCGUUGAACUCAAAAGGGACAACAAAGCCAGUUUCUGUCAGCGAAAUCGAGAUCCCCUCAUCUCCAAGGCGAUGAUCAAUACUGUAAAACAGAUGAUCAUCGUGGUUACUUUAUACAUUGUCACCAAUAUCCCGUUUAUCGGAUGCGAGCUGUGGGCAACGUGGGAUCCCAAAGCUUCUACUUCGCCAUUUUUUUCCGGCGCUGCUUUCACUAUUCUAAGCCUCCUAAAUAGUCUCACGAGUUGCGUUAAUCCUUGGAUUUACUUUGCAUUUAACAAGGAAUUACGUGCUGCGUUGAUAAAUUUUUUCUGCAGAAAGAAAGAUUAUUCGUUGACUUAUGAUAUAGAUGUACGUCAGAACGCGUCGGAUGUGCCCUCUACAACAUCGUCGUUUAUUUCCAGAAUCUCGCGACUUGCGAGUUCAAAGAUAUUCGGGUAAAGUGGAAAUGAAACAAAGUUUACAUUUUGAGGAGGACUGUUUUGAAUAUAAAGAAUACACCGCGAAAAAUAUAGUUGAUGCAUAUAUACAUUUCGCGGGGCCGUGUAAAUGCGUUCGGCGCGACUGUGUCGUGACCGUGUGCAAUUUCUUUCCUACGAAGGACUUUUUAAUAAAAAUUAUUUAUGAAGAA